AUGAAUAAUUUCGCGAAACAUUUGAGAUUUAUGAUGAGUUCUACUUCUAAGCGUGUUUAUAGUUGGGUCGACUACUGUAAUAAGCUGAGAUUUUACUGUGAUGGUGUGCUGAAAUGUUUUCCUUUAUUUGAUAUGACUUUGCUGACGUCAGAAGAGGAAUCAAGAAACAUGGAAGACUCCCAUGAACUUCAUCCAUCGUUGAUAAGAAAUGAAAAGGUGAUGUUUUCAGAGCUGAAGAAAUUGAUCAUACACGAAAUGAGUAGACAAGAUGGUGAUGAAAAUGCCACAGUCCCACCAUAUUUGUUAGAUUCUGAUUCAUUUAACGCUGUGUACAAAUCAGCCUGCGAGAAAGCUAACAUAACGCAAAUUAUUCAAGAUAUUGAAACAGAUUAUCAGAAUAAGGAAGUCGGUAAAGAGAUUGUACAGUGUCAAAGCGAAGACGUUGAGAAGAUAUCUGUAAAUCUUGUAAAUAUUCAAAAGCAUCUACUCAAACUGUCAUCAUUAUUUACCACUUGGUAUACUUUGAAGGCGUUGAGUAAUGAUGAAUUGUCAGACUGUGAAAAUGUUGUAUCUACAAGCACACAAAAUACUGAACAACAACAAAGUGUUACUGAUGUUUUCGAACUGACAACUUCAACUAGUGACGAUGAGAUGAUAGCCAGGCCUGAGGAAACUCGUAGUAGAAAAUGCAAACGACUGAUUGGAAAGAAGCGCUUGAACGAGUUUUGUGGAACACCCAAGACACCAAGUCCAUCUACACCAGCCCCUGAAGAGGAAAAUAGAAAGUAUAUAAUACACAUAGAAAGUGAAGGCACAACAUCACUACGAUUACCUUGGAAAAUAGAAGAAUCGAUAGCUUUAUGGCAUGGUGUAAUGCACAAUCCAGGUGCAAAAAAUUGGUCACAAAUAUGGCGUCAAUCAUUUCGACAUAGUAAACGAAGUCAAGUGAAUUUAAAAGACCGUUGGCGUGUUAUCAGUACUAAUGAAACAAUUAAGAAUACUAUACGUCGAGCUUAUUCUCAGUGGAGAGCACAAUUUACGAAUAAUACUGGUAGUCCAAAGAAAUCGAUCCAUUUACCUGUACCAAUUAUUGUACGUGAUACUUAACCCCCAACCAUUCCAGAAAUUUCUGAACACUGAUACACAUGUAAAUAUACUUUUUUCCUUGAAAAUAUAUAUAAUUGUACAUAUUAAGUAAAAUUAUGAUAAUAAAAAACAAAGUAAAUUCAGUUGUGAGCAAGAAGUAAACGAAAAACUGUAGGAGUGGUGGUAGUUCACCAAUCACUUUACUUCGCACAAGUAAUGAAUUCGGCGGUAGCUAGCCAGUGUUAGAUCGCAUCAUCUGGAUAACAGCAGCAGGAUUUUCAUUACUUGUUUUUUCAGUCCCAGAGAUAAUCAUAACUGCCCGCCACCCAAACCUUUUAGAGUAAAAUAAGUUAAGAAAGGCAUUCAAUUUUCAAAGUAGAUUUAGUUUAGUUGCAUUAGUAGUAGUUCAAUAAAGUAAUUCAUCUAUGAAUAUUUAUCUUUACUACCUGGUGAUCAAUCAAAGUCUGCUUUACAGUAGUCGUACAAGAGGUCAAUAGCGAUCCUGAAGAGUUCAGUGGUAACGUCCCUGACUGACUGGAGGACUCGCUGACGCGGGUUCCCAACUCAGAGAGGCAUUAGUUGUUUAAAGAUAGCAGGUUCGCCUUACUGAUGGAUGUCGACAAGCAAGACAGUUGGGCCAGACACGGCUUCGUGCUGACUGCCUACAACAGCUGUCCAACGUAUUCAUAAUCCAAAUCCCUAUAAUGUAAUUCGAGUAAGAUGAUUUUGAACGAAAAAUUGUUUUCGACAACUUCUUGCUCAAGAUAUACAGUUAUAAAUCCAUGAAUUUCAGAAUACAAGUGAAGACAAAUGAAAGUUAUACCAGAAACUGUAUUUGGUUAUGCAUGAGGUAGGUAGAGUGAUAAGUCUGUUAGUUAUUAGUAUUAUUAAUUGAAUGUGAAUAUCAAAUGUACAACCAUUCAGAAUAUAAG